GCUGACUCCUCCUACUCCUCCCACGUCCAGCCGCUCGAGAACAUAGCAUACCUUACCUCCUACCUUACCUUACCAUACUCCCAGCCUUCGAGUACAUCCACGCACACAACACACACACCCCUCCACACACACCACACAUCAUGGACUUUCCCCUUAUACGCGGGCGGAACUCCCCUCCUCUCGAUGGGACCAAUUUCCUCAACGGCAUGCUUGGCGACCGGAGACCGCACGUGCAAGAGAAGAGCAUACCAGGAGGAGGCAAUUGGGUCGUGCAAAAGUUCGGUGGCACUUCCGUGGGCAAAUUCCCCGUCAAGAUUGCAGAGGACAUCGUAAAGGUAGGCCUCCAGCCUGGCAAGCGUAUUGCAGUCGUAUGCUCUGCUCGUAGUUCCACCACCAAAGACCAGGGAACGACCAAUCGCCUCGUGCGCGCGGCGAUCGAUGUUCUCGAACCGACUCCGGGCAAGUUCCGCGAUAUCGUCGAGACUGUUCGACUGGAUCACUUGCAAGCUGGGUCAGACGCCUGCAGCGUAGAGGGCGUGGAUAAUAGCGGCAUUCUGAAUCAGUACAACGAGGCUGUCAACGCGGAAUGCAGCAAUCUGCUGAAGAUUCUGGAGAGUGCCAUGUUUUUGAAGGCGGUGACGGAUCAGACCGAAGACAUGGUCAUCUCAGUGGGCGAGAAGCUGAGCUGCCUCUACAUGGCUGCGUUGCUGCAGAGUCGCGGGGUCAAUGCUCGAUACAUCGACCUGAGCGAAGUCAUACAAUUCCCCACGGGAAAGAGUCUGGACGAGAAAUUCUACCUCGAUUUGGGCGAAGCGAUCGCUGCGAAGGUGCUCGCACUGGAGGAAGACGCAGUACCGAUCAUUACUGGCUACUUUGGCGCAGUUCCCGGCGGCUUACUGAAGGAAGUGGGUAGAGGAUACACAGACCUCUGCGCCGCUCUCACCGCCGUCGGUCUCGGAGCCCAGGAACUCCAGAUCUGGAAGGAAGUGGAUGGCAUUUUUACCGCCGAUCCUCGGAAAGUGCCUACAGCACGGCUCUUGGACUCUGUCACUCCAUCCGAGGCAGCUGAGCUCACCUUUUACGGCUCCGAGGUCAUUCAUCCAUUUACCAUGGAUCAAGUGAUCAAAGCCAGCAUCCCCAUUCGCAUCAAAAAUGUCAUGAACCCACGCAACAAGGGCACCGUAGUCAUUCCUGACGCUGAAGAUGCCAUUGCCGUUCGUCGCCCAGGACUCUUCCGCGGUCGCUCGCUCUCCAACCUGGCCGCUCAAGACCGCCCCAAACGCCCCACUGCCGUGACAACUAAACGAGGCAUCACCGUCCUGAACGUGCACUCGAAGAAACGGACCCGGGCGCAUGGCUUUCUGAUGAGCAUCUUCCAAGCUCUCGACAAACAUGGUCUCUCGGUGGACUUGAUCUCCUCCUCCGAAGUCCACGUCUCCAUGGCCCUCCACAGCGAAAUCUCCCUCUUGUCCGGCAGUGGCGAAGAAGAGCUGAAAAUUGAAAAUGCAGCUCUGCAGGGCGCAGUGGACGAGCUCUCCUUCUGGGGCGACGUCGAUCUCGUCCCCGGCAUGGCCAUCAUAUCCCUGGUGGGGAGACAAUUGCGGAGCAUGGUCGGAAUCUCGGGCCGAUUUUUCAGUACACUGGGAGAACACGGAAUCAACAUUGAGAUGAUUUCGCAAGGGGCGAGUGAGAUUAAUAUCAGCUGUGUGAUUGAGGAGAUGAAUGCGGAUCGCGCGUUGAACGUGGUGCAUACCAAUUUGUUUACCUUUUUGGAUUGAUUUUUCUUUUUCUGUUCUUCAGCGAAAAGGUGCAUGCAUAGCGGGAGGAGGGAGUUUGGUAGAAGGAAAGGAAAGGAAGAAAGAAAGAAAAGUGCACGGGUGGAAGGUGUUAUUUUCUUUCGAGAUAUAAACUACCUACCUGAUCUUGGAGAAACCCAAAAUAUCGGAUCAGCCAGUGGUUCUUGAUCAGAGCUGGCUUGCACAUAAGAUAGAUUGAGCAAUACGAAAAGUCGGUGAGCUUUCA